UUCACUCUAAAUUAAUUGAAAUUAAGAUGUUUAACGUCUCAUGAACUAUUAUUAUAAAAAGUACUGAGCCACUUGUACAGGUAAACUUCACCAAGUGUCUUUGUUAAAUACAUAUUUUGGAGCAAUAAAAUCUGGUUUAUACAAUUCAUCAUUUCCCCAUUUUCAAAUGCACCGAUAAGCAGAAAGGUAUUGAAGAAAAAUCCGGGCGGCGUGUGAGAGGUAAGAGAGUGCGCGUCCAUCCGCAGCAGUACACCACCACCACUAGGGAGGAGGAGGAGAAAUUUUAAAUCAGCUGCGGUUACGGCGUUACGCUCUCGGCCGUUCUCCACUCGGAAAAGAGGCCGGAGGAAUGUUCGUCGUCCGAUGUUCCCUUUAACGGUCGACCAGGCUCGAAAGACUCAUUUUCCACGGGAGGCUGCCUCGAAAGGGCUGGUUUAAUCGAGUGGCCAACGGCAUGUACGGCGCCAGUUGAAAACCGAGCUGUCUUCGACGUCGUCCGAUCCGCAGAAACGCGCAGAGAUGGUCGUCAAAUCCGGGCUGGUGAAAAACGUGAGGAUCCUCCUCCUCGGGGAUUCGGGGGUCGGUAAGACCUCGCUCAUCCUCUCCCUCGUCAGCGAAGAGUUCCCCGAGGACGUGCCGGCCAAGGCGGAGGAAAUCACCAUCCCGCCGGACGUCACUCCGGAGAUGGUGCCGACGCAUAUCGUCGAUUAUUCCUCACAUGAACAGUCUGAGGAUCAACUCUUCGAUGAGGUGAAAAGAGCAGACGUGAUAUGUUUAGUUUAUGCUGUGAACGAUGAUCAGACGCUGCUGAGGAUUACAACAUAUUGGUUACCAUUACUCUUUUUUGUCAUUCCUUACAAUAAAUGUCCGAUUAUUCUUGUCGGAAACAAAGUCGAUCUCAUCGAGGACACCACAGUCUCAGCGGCACAAGAUCUUAUGGAGGAAUAUUCAGAAAUAGAAAGCUUUGUAGAGUGUUCUGCUAAAACGUUAAAAAAUAUAAGCGAAAUGUUCUAUUAUGCUCAAAAGGCAGUUCUUCAUCCUACAGGACCAAUCUAUGUGACUGAAAAACAAGAUCUUACGGAAAAUUGUAAAAAAGCUCUCACAAGAAUAUUUAUGGUAUGCGAUCUUGAUAAUGAUGGUCUUUUGAAUGACUAUGAGUUGAAUGCUUUUCAAAAGCGAUGUUUUGACAUGCCUUUGAGGCCUGAGGCGAUGGAAGAUGUCAAAGAUGUCUUGAAACGUUGUAUAAAUGGAGGGGUUUCGCCAAACAACUGUAUCACAUUAAUAGGUUUUCUUUAUUUGCACUGCCUUUUCAUGCAACGAGGAAGAAGCCAUACUACUUGGACAGUAUUAAGAAAAUUUGGAUAUAACAACCAAUUACACUUGAGCAAAGAUUUUUUAUUUCCUCCGUUAAAAGUCCCACACGGUAGUUCAACCGAACUGAACUACAAAGGUGCUCAAUUUUUUACAAAGUUAUUCUGGAGGUUCGAUAAAGAUCGAGAUGGUGCUCUGAGCGAUGUCGAGUUGUCACAGCUGUUUGCAACGUGCCCAUCUCCUGCUUGGGGCGCAGACAUUUCCAACAUUGUCCCAUGCAACGAUAAGGGUUGGAUUACACUUCAAGGAUUCCUCUGUUUCUGGAUGUUAACAACGGUUACCGAUGUGAAAACUACUUUUGAAUACCUGGCAUAUUUUGGUUUUCCAAUCAAUGAAUGUGAGAAUCAGUUGUCAGCUAUUCAAGUAACAAGAGAGAAAAAACUGGAUCUUUUGAAAAAACAGUCGACAAGGAAUGUAUAUGUGUGUCAUGUUAUUGGAAUGAAAGGGGUCGGAAAGUCGACAUUAAGCAGAAGAUUAUUAGAUCAUUCCAUCGAGAGGAUAUCUGAAGAUGUUGAAGGUGUACCUCAACGCACCAUCAACGUAGUUCAUGUAUAUGGCCAAGAAAAGUACCUUAUAAUGAAAGAUAUCGAAGUGAGGAACGUUUCAGACCCUUUGGGCCCGACAGAUGUUCAAUGCGAUGUCGCCUGCCUUGUAUACGAUGCCACCAACCCUAAAUCCUUUGAAUACGUCGCAAGGAUAUAUCUCAAAUACUUUGAGGAUGGGAAAAUUCCCGUUCUCGUUGUCUGCAGUAAAAGUGAUUUGCAAGAGGUGAAACAAGAUUAUCUAGUUCAACCAUCUGCAUUUUGCGAUGCUCAUAGAUUAGCGCCGCCUCAUAAGUACUCAGCCUUGAGUGAAAACGGGAAGGAAGUGUUCCAAAAGCUAGCCACGAUGGCAGUGUUCCCUCGGUUUCAUGCUGCUUGGAUCCUUUUCUACCGCCAUGCCAGCCAUUUGACAGAAUUGAGUAUUUUAAGUGGAGAUUCCAUCCUGAUGAAGGCCGGCAUAGGAAUAGCGAUUGUAGCGACAAUCGGGCUUGUUGUCUCUAGGUUAAUGAAAAACGAAAGGUGAAAAAAAUCUGAGAUCAAAACCAAUAUUUUGUUUUUAAAUGUUUCCUGUGAUCUGGUCAAUGCGAUAUGGUUAUAAUGUCAAAGAAACAUUUAUCCCUCCUUUAUUCAAAUGAUUCAGUCGGUCUAGCUAACAACAAAAAAUAAAGUCCUUAAUUUUUGGUAAUAAAAUACUUCAAAAGAUAAGUAAUCUUCAUAUUUAAUAUGAUAAUAAAUUGCUAAUGAGAAAGAGUA